AUGAUAGUCGAUAAACUAAAAUCAAAUCAAACCGUUUCAAUAGACAACGACUCGAUCAUAGAGUUAAUAGGGUCUUGCAAAGAACAUGAAGUUUUCAAAUUACUGCUCGAAAAGAAAAGAGACCAUCUCGAAUCGGUAGAUCUGGUAGGAAAAUCAAUUAGCAUGGGCUCGGUUUUUGCUCUGGAUAUUUUUUUAAAAUAUUACGACCAACUAGAAGAGGAAGAGUUGAAGAAUCAAAAUGGAUUACAAGAUAAUAAAAAAGCUUACAACAAGUUGCAAAUGGAUAAGCAAAGUUAUAAUACAUGUAUGAUGAAAACCGCUUUGUUGAAUUAUGAUUUAGUCGUUGCCGAAUAUCUAAUUACAAAUAGAGCUCCUUUAGUUCCAAAAAACAUUAAAAAGCUCACUGACUGGAAAGGUUUAUUCAAUCUAUAUUACAAACAAGAUUUAAACUUAUUUUUUGAUUUCAUUGUCAAAAAAAUGAACGUAAAAAUUGAAGAUAUAGUCCAAGUAACAUUCUCAGCAUCAUAA